GGUUGACUGUUGACAGUUUGACUGUUUUCCGGGACUGUAUGUUAAAAAUUAAGCUUUGGACUCGACGUUAUUAAUUGUAAAAUGUCUUCAUUCUUGGCCGACAUCUUAGUUACCGCAGGGAAAUUCGAAAAGAUCGAUUUGGCUACAAAAAUAUCCGAGCUCCAGGUACAAAUAUCCAAAUUAAAAUGUGAUGUCAAAGAAUACAUCAAGGAUAACUAUGUUGAGUUUGUACCAAAAUUGAAGAAAGAUCAAUCUUUGAUUCAUGAUAUCCAGAGGCAUCUUGACGAAAUAAAUAUACUCCAAAAAAGAGUACAAGAUCAGAUUAAAAUCGAGCUGUCUGGCUCCACCAGAGAACUCAAGAAUCUUUCGAAUGACCUUCAAAAAUCAAGUAUAAGCUUGGCACUCUCCGGUCGUCUGAUCGAGGUAACUGAUUGCCUACAAGCGGCAGAAAGUUACAAAAGAGAUAAGCAAUAUGUAGAAGUUGCAAAAACAUUGCAAUGUAUGCAAAAACUGCUAGACGAUCCCAAGACGGACUUGCAGUACUUGGAUAUUUUUCGUGCUUUAAAGAGCAAGUAUUCUGCAACCUAUGGAACGUUUUUGACGGAUGUUACAGUACUUUGGCAGCAGUAUAUUCAGUGGGAAAUAGUUGAAGACAGUUCUCAACAUUCCUGCGUUAAUCUUAGCAUAAAAUGUGACCUAGAAGAAAUGCAGAAUCUUGUCGAAGCUCUGCAUCAUAUGGACAACUUAUCAGGCAACUUGAGCAAAUUGACUAAUAAGCUGACGAAACACCUGAUUGGUCCGAUAAUAAAUUAUGAAUGUUCCGUGUUUGUCACUGAUGAAACUAAGUUCUCUGUCCAGUGUCUGGACGAAAUGAAAAAGCCAGAAUACAAAAGUGUCCUCCAUAAUUUGACUCUACUUUUCCAGUUUAUGCAUCACAAUUUGAAUGUCCGUUUGAAAGAUGGCCAAAGGUUCCUUGCAAAGCUGGAACCCCAUAUUUUUAAACAAUUCUCAGACAGUUUGAUCAAUGACUGCAUAUCGCACACCAUACCGAGUUCUAGUUUAGAACUGCAAAAUUUUGAACCUGUUAUUCAAGAUAUUUCAAAAUUUCAAGAUUACCUUGUAGAAAUUGAAUUUAUUGCGCCAGAUAAAAUAUUCCUGUCUGAAUAUAUUAAAAACGUGGAUGGUCUGUUUAUAAAAAAAAUAUGUCAAGACUUCUUAGGUAAGGCUAGAACUGUGAUGAAAAAAGAUCUUCACGAUUCGAUGAAACAUGAAAUUCAGGGACCACAAAAAUGGCUAGAUAAUACGUCAGCCAGUGACGAUUUCAUGAUUAAUAGGAAACUCAGUGAGGACACAUUCCAAUUACCACCUUGUCAAAUAAGUAAAAGCGUCAAAGAAAUCCUAGAUCUUGUGAAAGAGAUUCUUGAUGAGGCGUGUCGUAGCUCUGACAUGUGCGCAGUGAGAUUAUUUUACACAAGUCGAAAUAUAGUUGAAAUGUAUGCAGUCCUGGUGCCCGAGCAUCACAAGAAAUUUUUAGAGACGAUACCUCAGCAAGUUGCUUUGUUCCAUAACAACUGCAUGUACCUGGCUCAUCAUCUGUGCGUAUUGGCGCACGAAUACAAAAAUAAGCUGCCAGAAGUUUUACAAAAACGUAAUGUUACUUACGCCGACCAAACUUUAGUGCUACGCUCCACUGGCUCGGAAUGCUUUUUGGAACACAUGAAGUAUCAGAGAAACAUUAUCAUCGACAUACUCAGAGAAUCGGGUUUGUCAACAUUAGGCCAAGUACCUGAAUUACCGGCAAAUACAGAGAAAGCGAUAAGGCAAUGCAUCAGGCAACUUGAGCUCCUGAAAACAGUGUGGCUCAAUGUUCUUCCUAGCAAUGUAUAUUGUCGUGCUGUAGGUUGUAUAAUGAAUUCCAUGAUCGAUGAACUGGUCACAAGGGUGAUCAAUGUCGAAGAUAUUCCAGCUGAUGUUGCUACUGAAUUGGUUACAUUGUUCAAUAUGAUCAUGAAUAGAGCCCCCUCUAUAUUUCCUGAGCCCAAUACAAUUCGUCUUCACGUAAAACGAUGGCAGAAGUUAUCGGAAUUAGUGAUUGUGCUUGGCGCCUCCCUGAAAGAGAUCGACAACAGAUGGGCUGAUGGUAAGGGGCUGUUGGCUCACGAGUUCACGGCUGCCCAGGUGAAGCAGCUAAUUAGAGCUCUCUUCCAAAACACUGAUCGCAGAUCUAUGUUACUCGCUAGCAUCAAGUGAUGCUUCUCUGUAUGUGAUAAGCAUUAGAAUAAAAAAUAAAAAAAACAUUUUUUCAUUUAUAUAUAAGACAUAAA